UGUGGCCAGAGGUGACUGCAGUUUCAGGAAUUAACCAAAGAUACUGUUCGGACACACGCACAGGACGAAACGAUGAACAGCUGUGUUUAAGAAUAUAGGCUCUACUUUUUACCCUUUUUUAAAAAACUUUUUAUCGUCAUUCGAGGAUUUUUUUAUUUUUAUUUUUAUUAACAGUUUUUACUGAGAGCCGGAGGUUUUGUGGAACAGCGUUGUGUCAUCAUGCGGAGCCUACCUGCCGCCAUCCUCCUGUGGUCGCUUCUCAAAGUGUCUGUGUGUAUUCAGGUGAUUGUUCCUCAGCAGCAGCGCAGCACAGCUCUGUUUGCCUCAGUUACACUUCGAUGUGACUACUCCACCUCUGCAAACCUCCAAGAUGUUCUGGUCACCUGGAGAUACAAGUCCUUCUGCAAGGACCCUGUGCUGGAGUAUUACUCCACAGCAUACCAGUCUGCACUACAGUUAGGACAGGACCCAUCGAAUGACUGUCCAGAUCGCCAGCGGACAGUGCGCACGGUGAUCCAGAAGAGAGGAAGCAGCGAGCCGACAUUGGGAGCUGAAUACCGCGAGCGCAGGAUCACCAUUCAAAAUAAGGCAGACCUGGUGCUCAAUGAGAUUAUGUGGUGGGACAACGGUGUGUACUUCUGCUCUGUCGAUGCUGCUGGAGACACCUCUGGAGACUCAGACAAAGAAGUCAAACUUAUCGUUUACCACUGGUUAACAGUGUUGUUCAUCAUCAUCGGAGCCCUCCUUCUGAUCCUCCUCUUCUGUAUCUGCUGCUGCCAGUGCUGCCCUCAGAAAUGCUGCUGCUAUGUUCGCUGUCCCUGCUGCCCACAGCAAUGCUGCUGUCCUGAAAAAGCGGUGAUGCAGCAUCGUAUGAUGAAGGAGGCUCAGAGGGCCAUGGCUCCCUGGAUGGGGGGACAGCCGGUAUAUGGACCAAUGAGCCAUGCCUCCUCCCAGAUGAACCCGCUGCUCUACUCAGGAUCUGCUUCAGGCAAGAGCUUCCCUAUGAAGCCCAUGCCCCUCCCUCCUCCUCAAUCUUCAGCUUACAGCAUGCCUGCUCCCAGUGUCCAUGGCAACCACACCCCUGCCAACACCAAUCAGAUGCUUGAUUACUUAGAAAACCAGGUGAGGGGGAUGGACAUGGCCAGUCCUCUUCUACAGUCCCAGCCACCUCCUCCCAACCACAUGCAGCAGCACCAACCUCCGCCACACCACAUGCAGCAGCACCAACCUCCGCCACACCACAUGCAGCAGAUCCAACCUCCUCCCCAGCACAUGCAUACUGUCCCAUUUUCCCCCGGCCCUCCAAGCAUGAUCUCUGCCCUUGAUGAUGGCCCAACAGAGCGCCGGGUCAUCACACUUCCACCAAUAAGAGAGCAGCCGCCAGUCAGAAUCCCACCCCCUGCACCCAGGACUCGCCCCCCGAGCUCCAGCGAGAGCAGCCGCAGCGGCUUUGGCCGUCAUGACGAUCGAGGUGCAGCAGGCAGGCGUUAUCCCUCACCCACCCGGUCUAGGGGUAUUCCCAGGAGCUACAGCGAGGAAUCACUGGAUGGGCGGAGUCGCAGCGGUGCACGAGGAGGCAUGGACCGGCCCCGCUCCCGUUCUAGGGAUGACCUAUUUGACAACAGAUCCAGGGCAAACUACUCUCCCCCAACAUCAAGGCGCCCUAGAGGAGGGUCCUGGAGCUCAGAUGAUGAGGGCAGCAGCAGGAGAGGGGCAGGUGGAGGAAGGAGAGGAGGAGGAGGCUGGGUUGACAAACCUCCCAGCUACUCGGAGUACGAGCCUGGACAGAAACCAGGAGCACGGAGGAAUGAACGCUACUCUGGUUCUCGCAGUGGCACCAGUGUCGUCAUCUGAACCCCUCCAGCUGUGAAACGCCCUGUGACCUCUGUUUCAGAGAACACGUUCACCUCACUAGAAUUGGGAGCCAAGUUUUCUGGCUACUGGUAAACUUUUAAAUGCUGCCAUUUUGUGUAUUUAAAUGAACCAUGGAGCAGCCCACUCAUUACCUUUUUUUUUUUUUUUUAUAAGUGAAAAACUGGCAGAAGGAUUCAUAAAAUGUGAGAUUGAGAGAUUCAUAAAUUUGGGAUAAUCUUCCUCUUCAGAGUGUGCAGUGCCAGGUGGUAAAGCAAAUGUUUGGCGUCAAUAAGGAAACCUAUUGAGUAGUCUAUAAAUGGUUUGUUUUUUAGAUAUUGUUUUAAGAGAACUGAGCUUUACUGUGACUACUGAACAGAUUUUGGAAUAAUAUUCCCCUCUGCUGGUUCAUCAGUGUAAUGAAAAUACAGGGGAUUUGGAUUAAAAGCCUCCUGUUAGAUUAUUCUCAAAUGUGGCUUCAGAAUUGAGGUUUCUCCUCUUAAAGAAAUAUAUAUUUAACACAUCAGUAAAUAAACAAAUUACAAUUGUUUUUACAUUAGCCAAAAACUAUUUAAACCCAUAUAAAUAUGAAUAGACUCUUGUGAAUGAUGAAAAUUGUUUUUAGCUUUUUAUAAUUUUUGUAAAUAGUUAUUAUUCAUAUCUCUAGAUGUGUUGUAGUGACAUUUAUUUUGAAGGAAAGGUGUAUAUUAGCAUUAACAUUAGUCUCUGUUCAGAUAAUAAUUAAGUGUUUUUAAACCUUUUGUACAUAAUGAAGGAUGUAUUUACCCUGAGUGCUUAAACAACAGUCAACACUGUGUCUAAAUAAGUAAUUUACAUGGUGUUGAGUACUGUCAGCAAUAUUACUGGUCCAAAAAGCUGUUUUUUUUUCUUUUUAAAUUAUGGUUGUUGGCACAAUAUGAAAAUGCAAUACUAUGUUUUUUUCCAGUUUACAGUUCUGGAAACUUACCUGGUUUAUUCCCCCCCCUUUGGCUUGUAUGAUGGUAUACAUAAACUAAAAAUCACUUCACAUGGAAUUCAAGUUGUUGACUUGCUGUAUGUUCCAUUGAUGUUUUAUUCCCCACUUUUUUGUAUUUACACUGUACAGUCAGUUUGUGUUUAUUAAUAACAUUGAUAAUAAAAAGUUCUGCCUUUUGGGGUAUAACAGAA